AAGUUUUAAGACAUUUUAACGAUUUUUGCUUUAAAAAUUCUGUUGCAGUCUGCAGCUAAAUAAGGGCUUGACAUUAGUGGUCAGUCGGGAUUUGGUGGUGAAACAGUCUGUACGUCAGUUUCUAAGCCAAUCUCUUCUCUCUACUAAAAAACAGAUAUUAAAAAACAAACUAAUUACAUUUAGAAUAAAAUGGGUUCUUUGGAGAAUCCUCUAAUUCAGUGUCACGCCAUUCGGGAUUUAUUGAAGAGAAUAGACAGGAUCUACGGGGAGCUCAUUGAUCAUGAAAAUACUUUGCCAAAAUGUGAAAUUUGUUGGGAAAAUCGAACGGAGUUUGUUUCCGUAAAAACACAAUUAUAUCUAAUUGUUCAGGAGAGCAAUUUAUCCUGUGAAAAGGAGUCCCGCGAUAUUUUAUAUUCCAACGAAUUCGAGGAUGAUGCCGAUACCGUUGAUCCGGUUACAAUGGUGGUCGUCAAGGAGGAGCAGAAAACGGAAAUUGAAGACGACGAUGAUACUCAGCAAAAUGACAUGGACGACGACAGGGACAAUGAAUGGAAUCCGUGGGAGAAUAAAAAAUCAACAACUACCAAAAAGACGAAGAGAUGUAAAAAGGUUGCACGUAAGUCAACUGCUGCAAAGGAGGAAACAUCGAAUGCAGCAUCCAGUGAUUCUACUAAAAAGCAAUUCGAGUGUGGUUAUUGUUCAUCAGUAUUUAAUCAGAAAAGCCAAAUCAUCUCUCAUAUGCGCCUCCACGUGAAGAACUUCAGCAAAGUAAAGACAAAGAGUACGGUGGCCAAAACCCUUGAGAACAGUGAAGACAGAACUUGCAAAAUCUGCCAGAAGAGAGUUCACACCUUGAGUGGUCUGAAGAGGCAUAUGAAAUUUCAUGAGAAGAAGAAAGAAUCCGAACCUCCCGUGAAGUCAGACAAUCAAGAGGCUCAAUAUCCUUGUGAUAUUUGUCAGAAAGGCUUUCGCUAUGCUGGAGCACUUGAUAGACAUAAAGAGUUUCGAGAUAGUGCUCAUCUGGUUUGCGAUAUGUGCAAUGAGAAAUUCUGCACAAAUUCAGACCUCAUGAAUCACCAACGAAUAGUUCACAAGAUAAAUUCUUCAUUUCAAUGCCGCUACUGCGACGAACAAUUUAACAACUUUCGCCUCAUCAUUAAGCAUCACAAAUUAAAUCAUCCAACUGAAUUGGCCCCCGAAAGUCCAUUUCUCUGUGAAAUGUGUGGGGCAGUUAUGAUGGAUCAGAGAGAUCUUAAUUAUCACAUGAGGAGACUGCAUGAAUCAAAGCGCUUCAAAUGCGACAUGUGCCGGAGAACUUUUCGUUUGCAGACAGAACUGAAGGAACAUCAACGAAUUCAUAUUCCAAUAUCACAGCUUAAGGAUCUCUAUGAAUGCGAUGUGUGCCCCAAGAAGUUCCGAAUAAAGAGCUCUUUGCUGAAGCACAAGAAGCUACAUACUGGACAAACAGUAGAGAUGUUCUGUACGGUGUGUCGAAAGCGUUUUAUUAAUGCAAACAGUUUGGAAUUGCAUAUGGCUAAGCACGCAAAUGAGGGACCAAGAUUUAAAUGUGAAUGUGGAAAAACAUUCACAAAGCUCAAAUACUUGAAUCAACAUCGCAAGGAUGAUCACAACAUUUUCACACAUCUUAUGCUUAAUCCGAAAUCUAAAAAGAAAUGUUAGUAUUAAGGUUAUUUAUUAUUAUUAUUAUUUUAAGUAGUCUUAUGUUUGUUGAUAUUAUUGUUUUUAUAUAGAUAGUUUACAUAAAAAUAUAUAUUAAGAUUGUACAUAUUUAUAAUAUAUUACAAAAAAUAAAGAAAUUUUGCAGUU